AAACAACGCAACCUAAAUCAAUCACCCCAUAUCUUCUAUCGAACAGGCAGCACCCAGCACCCGGUACCUGGACUGAUGACAGCCGACAGUGGGAUGCCAAUCAUGCAACUACACAGUAAUCAGAAACAGGCAGUGUGACCGACCGACGGUGAGCAGCGCGCGCCCAACAAUCAAGCAAACAAACAGGUUCGACAUACCCGCCUCAGCUAUUACAUACAGCCCCAGGAUACUCCCCGAGACGUGUCAUUCCCUCUUGCCUGGGUACUGUAAUCAACCUUGUCUAUGGAGAAGACCGGCACCAGCACCCCGGAAGAGGCGGUUCGCCCGCUCGUGGCCAGCCUGAGCAUCAGCGGCGCGACGAACCCGCCCGCCGCCCACGUCCCAUCCCCGACUCAUCGCUCGACGGCCGAGGAUGGCGGGCUGCGUGAAGCCUGCCGGACCGGUUGCAUCGCCGCCAUUGACGCGGCGCUUCGCCUCGGCACGUCUAUCAGUACCGUGCCCGUUGCCUCGGUUGUGCCCAAGCGCAAGCCCAUUGCUGUCGUCGGAGGGAGCACCAGCAGCGGAAGCAACAGGGAGGACGGAAAGCCGUCGACGGUCAAGGCCCUCACGCUCCAGCUCGCCGCCAGGGGCCGUCAGGUCGACACGUUCUCGCACCUGCUUUCCAUCGGCGCGCGCCUAGACGAGCCCGGCACGUCGGUCGCCUCGAUCCGGUCCCUGAUCCGGCUCGUCACCCGGGGACCGGACGGCCCCGCCCUGCUGCGUCUGUUCUUGGGAGCCAAUCUUGCCCACCAGCUCGACCAGGAGAUGCGCAAUGAGGCCCUCCUCGGCCUGAUGCAAGGAUGCAACCCCCCGCCACGCUCGUCGUCACCGGUCCCGGCGUUUGAUGAGCGUGUCGAGUUCGCUCGCGCGCUGCUCGACGACUUCGGAGCGAGCCCGGAUUUCUUCCGCGGCCCCGCACGCCGCCCUUGUACAUCGACCCUCUCCGCUGCCGUGCUCACGCUCUCGCCCGACCUCGUCCGCCUCCUGCUCGAUCACGGCGCCUGCCCUGACGGACCGCCAGACCUGCAGCGGCAGCCCGUGUCCGAACGGCCGUUCCAUGUCCCCCUCUGCGCCUUGGCACACGCCUUGGCCGGGUCGCUGCUGGACCCGCCCGCCCAGGCCGCCCUCCGGCAGAUUGCCGACAUGCUACUGGAUCGUGGCGCCGACGCCAGCGUCUGCGUGCCGUAUCUCGGAGCGUCACGCUGGUUCAUGUCCUUCGCAAACCCGCUGGUCGUCUUCCUAGACGCAAUCGACUGCUGGGACGACGACGGCGGCGGCCCACAGGCUCUCGAUGCGCUCCGGUUCCUGCUGGACCGCGGCAUGAGCCCCGACCGCCCGCCAAUACACGCUUCCCAGGAGCGAUGGCGCCCGGACUUGCCCCAUUGGGUGCUGGUGUCCAGAGGGUCGGUCCGUCGUGACCCCGUCACGGACCUGCUGGACAAGUGGGGAUUGGCCAAGCUCGCCUCGCCGGCCUUUGCGUCGGCGCUCGAGAUGCUCGCAGCUUAUCACCCCAGAAACAGGGGCGGAAUCGAGCGCGUGGCCGAGGUCCUCGCCAAGUACGACUACUAUAGACCGUCACCUGCCUCUUCGUCGUCAUCGCUGUCGUCCGCCGCGGAUAACACUACAAUCAUCAUCCCGCAGACGCAGGAAGAUAUAAUCCUCGACGCCUGGAGGCGCAUCAUAUCCUCGACCGCGCGCCUGCUCAACCCGUUCAACCUAGGCGAAUUCUUCUACGCCUACGCCUUUACCAAGGCGAGUUGCCCGCGGUCCGGGCCGCAAGGGCGCCUGGGGUACCACGGGGCCGGGGCGCACAAGAUUGGCGACCUCGCCACGACGACGGUUGUCGCGCUGCUCGCCGCGGGCGCCGAUGCGAACCACCGCCACCGCCGGUCCGAGACAGAACCUUGGCGAAAUGAUGCUUGGCACGUAGAAGUCGGCCCCAUGGCGCUGCACUCCAUCUGCCGCUGGCUGGCCGGCCACCCGCCCAGGGCGCCGCACGACCCGCCGCCCAGGUGGCAAAGAGACUGCCGCGGCGUCCGGCACACGCCCGACCGCGCAGGAUUCGUCCGGUUUUUGGUGGAGGAGUGCGGUGCCGACCCCCGCGCCAGGUUCCAGGGCCGGACCCCGGCUGAGAUCCUCGUGCAGCUGCGGCGGCCCGAGCUCGAUGCCGAGGAGACUAUGGAUGGGAGGUGGGGGAGGCAGAUGGAGGUGGUUGCCUCGGCGAGAAGGGAGCUGGUGACGUUCCUUGAAAGUGCCGCUGCGGAGACGGCUUGAUGUUUAUUAAUUACACAGUACACAGUAGUACGUCAGCUGUUAGUAUUAUUCUCUGAAUGAAUGUCCGGCCCCUUGCCUCUCAG